GAUCUGAUGCUUUUAACGGUGUGGAAUUUUGUUCGUUUUGUAGCUACAUGCAAAGGCACAAUGGGAGUGGAUAAAGUAUUUUCCUGGGUAACCUUUUUAAUUUUGUUAUGCGGUUGCGUAAACGGGAACUAUGUAGGCUUGUCUCCUGAAGAGGGAAGCCAAACGCGCCACAAAUCCGGUCGUCGUAACGAGCCACAGGCUCAGAAGUUCGAACAUUUGGACCAGAGCGCUCCCCUAUCUUUGUUAUGUAACGAGAAGAACAUGACCUUAAUCGUGAAAGCUGACUUGCACAACAACGGAAUUCGUAUUUCAACCGAGGAGUUGCAGCUGGGACGAGACCCGUCGUCGGGUUCCUCUUGUAGGGCUUUUGCGUUCAGCGACAUUGAAUAUGUGAUCGAAGCAAGCCUGCACGAAUGUGGUACCUUGUUGACCAUCGAGGAGGACUCCUUGGUCUACUCUAAUGUGCUGAGUGUAUCUCCCAUGCCCACCAGCAGUGGCAUCAUCAGGACAAGUAGUGCCAUUAUUCCCAUUGCAUGCCACUACCUGAGGAGGCAUGUUGUGAGCAGUGAAGCAGUUUAUCCAACUUGGGCCCCUUUCACCUCCACUGUGGCUGCACUAGAUCUCCUGGACUUCUCCCUAAGGCUUAUGGCUGCUGAUUGGCGCUCUGAAAGCUCUUCCAAAAAGUAUGUGUUUGGGGAGCUUUUGCACAUUGAAGCUUUGGUCAGCCUUUCCAGCCACGUGCCCCUGCGAAUCUUUAUGGACACCUGCAUUGCAACUAUGGAUCCUGACAUGAACUCUGAACCCAGAUAUGCCUUCAUUCAGAACCAUGGGUGUCUCUCCGAUGCUCAUGUUAAAGGAUCCCAUGCUCAGUUCAUGCCCAGGUUCUUGGAUGAAAAGCUCCAGGUAAAGAUGGAUGCCUUUGUGUUCCCUGAGGGCUUCCCUGAGAGUGAGAUUUAUAUUGCGUGUCAACUGAGGGUGACUGCAGCCUCCGAGAGCACUGAUGCCAUGAACAAAGCCUGCUCCUAUGUUAAUGGACGGUGGCAGAGUGUGGAUGGUGAAGAUGCAGUGUGCAGCUGCUGCGACUCUACCUGCCAGGGCAGCGAUACUGGUGUUCUAUAUACUUUGGGAUUGGGACCCUUUACUGUGGCCAAAAAGGACUGAACUCCAGUGAUUUCUUUUGCGCCAAUAAAGUGACAUGCGACUGGC